CCAACCAAACAGAGUAUUAAGGUUCAUACUUGCAGAAGCUAGUUUCUCUGUUUCUCCUCGAGGUAAAAAUGACAGAAGUAAGUGAUAAUUCUGAAAUUGAAGGAAACCUCCAUCAUUUUAUUGAAAUGCCUCAGCAGUCUCAACCGCGGCCGAGGCCUAGGCCACGGAGGCCUUCUUCGUUCUACCUCUCAGACGCACAAAGAGAAAAUUACUUGAAAAUAUGUGUUCCUCUGUACAAUGCUGCUCUUGAUGGCGACUGGCAUGCUGCUGAAGAAAUUAUAACAGAUUGUCCUGAGGUGAUAAACAUGAGCAUUACAAAGAAAGAAGAUACUCUUCUUCAUGUUGUAUCCUCAACAGGACGGACACACUUUGCCGAAAAGGUUGUUAACAUGAUGACAGAUGAGGACUUGGAACUUCAAAACAAAGACGGGGAAACAGCUCUCUGUGUGGCAGUAGCUUCAACUGUUAAAAUGGUUGACAUUUUGCUGGCAAGGAAUAGCCGCCUUUUAGAGAUACGUAAAAAGGGCGGGUUACCAAUCUUGUGUGCAAUUUGGUGUGGAGACAAGAACAUGGUGGCACAUAUGUAUUCCAAAAUUAAUCUGGCUGAUAAAAAGUGGACUCAAUCUGAUAGAAGAAAUAUACUGAAUUCCUGCCUUGCGAUAGGCCUAUUUGAUAUUGCACAUAAGAUAUUGAUUCACUAUAAGAAAGAAGGAAUUCUGAAAGUAGAUACACGCGUACUAAGGUAUCUGGCCUAUAAACUUUCUGCAUUUGAUGAAACUGCGCAACCUUUUAUCAGAAGACUUAUAAAUACGAUUCUUCCCGGACCAAGACUAGGACCCACUGAUAACUCUAAAGCAGCUGAAAUAGUGAGGAUAAUGUGGGGAGAAAUUAUCAAGCAGAAGCAUGAAGAUGUAUUGAAACAGAUUGCUGGGGAUCCAAACCGGGCAAUAGUAGAAGGACUUUUAUUUACAGCGGCUAGAUUUGGCAACCAUAAGUUUUUAGUCGAGCUCCUUAGAAUGUAUCCUGACGUUACAUGGGACACAGAUGACAAUAAACACACAAUAUUUCAUGUUGCAGUUAUAAAUCGCCAUGAGAAUGUGUACAAUUUGCUGUACGGAUUUGGCUCAAAGAAGUUGGAGAAAACAGAUAAAGAUGGAAACAAUAUUCUCCACUUAGCUGCCAUAAAGCCAACACAAACUCGACUUAAUAUUGUGUCAGGAGCAGCUCUUCAAAUGCAAAGAGAACUACUGUGGUUUAAGGAAGUGAAAACAAGGCUGAAUUCAGUUGACAGAAGAAAGAAAAACAAUCAAGGCAAAAACCCGAAGCAAUUAUUCACUGACGAGCACGCAAAGCUAAUGGAAAAAGGCGAAAGCUGGAUGAAGCAAACAGCAGCUCAGUGCAUGGUUGUUGCUGCUCUUAUAGCCACUAUCACAUUUGCAGCAGCUUUCACCUUACCAGGUGGCAGCAAUUGCGACAGCGGGCAUCCAGUACUCAUGAAGAGCAGUGCCUUCGUCGUGUUUGUGGUAACAGACGCCAUAUCAUUAUGCACCUCAUCAGCUUCUAUACUCGUGUUCUUGGCAAUUCUCACUGCACGUUAUACAGAAUACGACUUCUUGGCAUCUCUCCCUGUGAAAUUGAUGGUCGGACUCUUAACACUUUUCAUCUCAAUAGCUACCAUGAUGAUUGCUUUCAGUGCGAGUUUCUUUCUACUCUAUGCAAAAAGCAUGAAGUGGAUUCCUAUACUAGUUGCUACAUUAGCUGGUUUGCCAGUUAUACUAUUUGCUUGGCUACAUUAUCGUCUAUUUUUUGACGUGAUAAAUACAACAUACAGUGCCAGGUAUCUGUUUAGGCCGAAGAAACGUAUAUUUGGCUAGCAAAUUCAUGUUGCAUCUUUGAUUUCGGAAGAAAUUGUUGUAUUCCUAUGUGUUCCUCUUGGAUUGUACUCUAAGGUCUCUUUUCUUCGCAUGUAAAUCCCAAAUUAUAAGAUAACAUA